AUGACAGACCGGCAAAUUACUCGGGAGGCCUCCGAUUCCUCCCUGAACGCAUCUCUAAAUUCUGACAACGGUACCGGUGUUGCCUCUGCUCGGUCUAGCACCGAUUCUCGCCCAUCCAAUCGCAAUAACCUCCGCGUCACACACAUGCCUCCUGCAAAUCAUCAACAUCGACAGAGCUUAAGUGAGACUCUUCGGGGACCGCCAGGCUCACCACGCUCUCGUCGCCAGCCUUCUCUCAACCAGUCCGCCCUUCAAAGUCUUAUCGAUAACCCUCCGCCACCCAGGAAUCUCGACCCUGCCUUCAUUGACCGCGAUUGGAGAGAGAUCUCCAUUGGAGAGCUCAUUUCUCCCGAUGACCUAAGAUUCGUUGAGUUGGAUACAGGUAUUGAAGAUGCAACGAAUCUGUUAAUUGACUCCGGCGCGGCUGUGUUGCUCAUCCGCGAGACUCCUCAAGACAAAUCCGCGGUCGCGACAUUCGACUAUUCGGACCUCAACGCCUAUCUUCUUCUGGCUGCUGGAUUGGCUCAUCCAACAGAAGAGCAUCGUGCGUGGUAUGAAGAGAUCGCCAAGAAAGCCCACGAAGGAGAGAAGAUUCCACUCAGGGAUGUCAAACACUUGGGUUCGGAGAAAGAGCCACUUGUUACUUUGCCAACAUCAGCGAGUGUUUUGAGCGCCGUGGAAGUCUUUGGCGGUGGUGUUCACCGCGUGGUGGUUACUAAAGAGACCAAUGACAAUGAGGUCGUUGGUAUUUUUAGCCAGUUCCGACUGGUGAAGUUCCUCUGGGAGAAUGGACGCAGUUUCCCUAUCAUCGAGCAACUUUACCCACAAUCUUUGUCUGAUCUGCGCAUCGGUUCGCAAGAUGUGAUCUCAAUCAAUGGUGACAAGCCUCUUACCGAUGCCCUUCGAAUCCUGAAUAGCGAGGGUGUUUCUUCUAUUGUCGUCGUUGAUAACCACUUCAAUGUAUUGGGUAAUAUCUCUACGACGGACGUCAAGCUUUUGACCCGCUCUUCGUCGUUACCCCUCCUUCAAAACACCUGCACCCAUUUUAUUUCAGUCAUCUUGUCAACUCGGGGACUUAUCGAAGGAAAGGAUUCAUUCCCCGUAUUCCACGUAAACCCAGGCUCAACCCUAGCCCAUACAGUCGCAAAGAUUGCCGCGACUCGAUCACAUCGACUCUGGGUGACGGAUCCAGCAUCUCCAUCUUCCUCGGGGCCUCCAACCCCCUCUCAUUCCGCAAUCCAUAUGCCUUUGGCAACACCUCCACUGGGAGCUGUCCCUUCCCCAACUCCUUCUGCUAUCUCUCCACCAGCAUCGCCUCUUCCCCAGCCGGCAGCCUCUGUUCCGGCUGCUAGCCACGCUACCCCAUACCUUCCAACCCCAUCGCAACCCGCAACUUCAUAUAUCCAUCCAUCAACAGGGGUUAUCCCAACUCAUACUCCCUCGCUUCCAUCAUCGGUAUUGCCAGGGGCCCGUCUCUCUGGAAGAUUGGUUGGUGUGGUUAGUCUGACAGAUAUCUUGAAUCUCCAUGCCCGCGCAAGUGGUCUCAGUCCCGCAGAUCCAGCUGAGACCCGACGUCGACGACGCAGUAGUUCGGCUUCCAGUAUGAAUCCUCCCCGUAGCGGUGAGAUUGGACGAGAACUAUUCAGCCGUGGGCCUCUCUGA